GAAGCAAAAUAAACAUAGAAAGAAAAGAAAACAUAGGCUAAAAGUUGAGUGAGACUUAAAACCUCAAUCACUGACACUGUCUCCCUCACACGCGGCGUAGCGUACUCUCACUUCUUCGCCACCAACAUUACUCUCUCUUCGAAUCUCAAACUAAAAACGUUUCUCUUUUUCCCCCUCUCUCUGUCUUUCUCUCUCUCAUAAAAAGAAAAAAAAUUAACCAAAACUCCACAUUAUCUCUGAUUCAGCUCUCUCACAACAGUCUGUUUGGAAAAAACAAGUGCCAUAAAAAUUUGAAGCCGUUGAUUUUCUAUCAGUUUCUGGGGAAAAUUAUGGCAUCAUCAUCUUGUUCUGGAACUUCUAUCUCAAAUGUGGAUCGUUUUGUUCUAUGUGUCACUCCAGAUGUUCCUUUUCAAACCCUUGAUCUUCAGAGUUGUUCCCAUGAAGUAAAUAGCCUAUGGCUACCUCUUGGCAAGGACAAAGUUGAAUGCUUUGAAUUGAAAGAUCUUUGGGACUGCUAUGAAAGAUGGAGUGCAUUGGGUGCAGGUACACCUAUACUGUUAGGAAACGGCGAUGCUUUGACGCAAUAUUACGUUCCCUAUCUAUCUUCCAUUCAAAUCUAUACCAGUAAGUCUGUUGCAGCUUCUAGGAACAGGAGAGAGGAUACCGAUGCAGCUGAAUUUGAAUUUGAAUCCUCGAGUGAAGAUGAUAGUGGAAGCGAUAUCCUAUCUAGAUCGGUAAGUAACAAUUCUAGCAAGGCAUGGGAUGCUGUUUCCUUGGAUUCAAGCUCCGAUCAAUUGAGUCCGUUGCCAACAAGAAAUAUGCUUGGUUACCUUUACUUACAGUACACCGAAACUUUGUCGCCUUGGUUGAGGGUUCCGUUUACUGAGAAGAUAACUGAGCUAGCUAAAAGCCAUCCAGCAUUGAUGACUUUGAAAAGUGUAGAUAUUUCUCCUGCAAGUUGGAUGGCUGUUGCUUGGUACCCUAUUUAUUCCAUACCAUAUCAUCAGCCAAGUGAAAAGGAGCUCUCUGCAUGCUUCCUGACUUACCAUACACUGUCAUCAUCAUUUCAAGAUUGUAAACACAUGUAUGAUGAUAUUGACAUAGCGGAAGACAUAAGUUGUUUUGAGGAAUGGGAAGGUGUGGGAAAGACAAGCAAGGAAAACAAGAGUGGUUUUAUGUCUCUCUCUCCUUUUGGGAUGGCUGGUUACAAAUUGCAGGAACCUUUUUGGUUAGGCUCAUCAUCCUCUUCAGAAUCUGGAAAUACAAGGAUGUCUGAAAUGUACAGCGCUGCAGACUCGUGGUUGAAGCAACUCAACGCUCACCACCAUGACUUCAACUUUUUCACUCUCCGAGCUCCUUUGUAAAUUGGUUUAUGCUGUUACCAACUCACUGCCGCCGUCUUACUUUGUUCGGUACUUCAUCAGAAGAAGUUUUCCUAUAAAUGCAGUUUUGGAAACAAGAAGCUGAGGUUAUAUGUCAAAGGAUGUAUAGUCCCCAUAGAGCGGAGUUUUGUUUAUUUAGCAAUGAGCAUCCCUCAAAAAAAAAAAAAUUUGUUUAUGCUAGUUUCUUAGUUUUUUUUUUUUUUUUUUUUCGAUAAACAAGCCUUAGUGGGUUAUGUUAGUUUUCAGGGUUCGAACUAUGACCCAUCUGAUUAAUACUCAUUUGGUGUCCUCAACCCUAAGUUAUGUUAGUUUCCUUGAUAGAUGAUAGUAGUUUCGAGGUGACUAAAUUAUAACAUCUUUUGUACAGUUCAUUUCUUGAAAUAAUUGUUUUUGAGUUUUGUAUAUA